UGAGCAAAAUGUAAAUAAACAAAGAAAUAAUCGAUUAAACGAUAAUUACAGUUAAUUAAUUAGAGAAAUAAACAGAAUAGCGAUCGUGUUUGUAGAAUUAAUCAUCGAUAUAUCAUUAGUGAUACUGUACUGACGCAGUGACGCGGUGGUUGAAGUUGAAGUGUUGGCGAAUCAAUCAGCGUGCAUUGUUAGAUGUUAGAUGGAUCGAGUGUUUUUUUGUUUUUCAACCAGUUGAAUUUUGCUGCAGCUGCCUUUCUCGCCUCUCGGUUUACCGCCGUGUUGCGGACGUGGAACGUGCGUGAGGUGCCAAUUAUACGACGGAGACGCGGAUCGGUCGCUGAAGAACAAAAUCAAACCCAAAUCAAAGAGAGCAGAACGGACACCGUUGUACGCUUUUGGGUACUGGUACAGGUGUAAUGUGAAAUGAAGUCAGCAUGAGCACGAUCGAAGCAUUUACCAAGCGUACGCGCGAUCUUUCCGCAUACAGUAUGGAAACAACGACCGCUGCAACGCCAGCGCAAUCGGGUUCGGCGGUACUCGAUACGCCAUCGGACGUGGAAACUGCUGGCGGCGGCGGCGGCGGCGCGGUAUUCGCCUCAGACCGGAGCGCCAUUUCGCAGAUUUUGAAUUGGUUCAACAAGCACGAUAGAAACGCUUUAAAACGCGACGGAUAUACCGAAUUUGGUAGAUUGAACGAAAAUUGCGGCCGAACUCUCGGCACAUUUGCGGGUGUUUUUAGUCCGGUUGCGUUAUCCAUGUUCAGCGCUUUGUUAUUCUUACGGGUUGGUUUCGUUGUCGGAAAUGCCGGAUUGCUGGUGACGCUUCUUCAGUUUGCCAUCGCGUACGUUAUAAUUUACUGCACCGUUUCUUCAGUGUGCGCUGUUUCGACGAACGGCGAAAUCCAAGGCGGCGGAGCUUAUUUCAUGAUUAGUCGUACUCUAGGACCGGAGUUUGGCGGAUCAAUCGGCACGUUAUUCUUUUUCGCAAAUAUCGUCAGCAGUGCGUUGUAUACGGUCGGAUUCGCCGAAGGAUUGAUCAACAAUUUUGGACCGUCCGGUUACCUCGUGGGAAAAGGUAACACGCUAUUGCCGGACGGACGCUGGUGGUCGUUCUUGUACGCGUCCGGCGUCAACGCCACCAAUUUGUUAAUUUGCGUCAUCGGCGCCAAGUUGUUUGCCAAGACUACCGUUUUCAUAUUCGUUACUACCACCUUGUGCAUCGCGUCGUCCUUUUUCAGCUUCUUUAGCGUGCGCACGAUGAACGUUACCAUUCCGGAGGCGAACACUUUCUAUCAAAAUACCACCGGUCUUUACAGCGCAUUCAACGCCACCAUGUUGCAAGAUAAUCUGUACCCGCAGUACGGAACAGAUUACACAUCUAACGGCGUCCAGGUUUCCUUUUCGUCCGUAUUCGGUGUGUUGUUUAGCGGCGUUACGGGCAUUAUGGCCGGAGCCAAUAUGUCCGGUGAACUAAAAAAUCCUGGACACAGCAUACCGAAAGGAACGUUUUCAGCGGUCACGUUCACAUUCGUCAUUUAUGUGGCGCUGUCCGUUUUGUCGGCCUCGUCGUGUCAGCGAUUUUUACUGCAAAACGAUUAUCUUUAUUUGAUGCCGAUCAACAUUUGGCCUCCGUUCAUUACUAUCGGCAUUCUGACAGCUACGUUCUCCGCUAGUUUGAGCACGUUGAUCGGAUCGAGCCGCGUAUUAGAAGCGUUGGCCAGAGAUAACAUUUUCGGCAACUACCUGAGCAUCGUAACUCGUGGAACGUGGAAAUCGAAUCCGAUUGUGGCGGUGAUCAUCGCGUGGUCGUUGGUGCAGUUGAUGUUGUUGGUCGGAUCGUUGAACACCAUCGCUCAAAUAAAUUCUAUAUUGUUUUUGUUAUCGUACUUCGCUUUGAAUUUAGCUUGUUUAGGAUUGGAAUUGGCAUCCGCGCCCAAUUUCCGGCCUGCAUUCAAAUUUUUCACUUGGUAUUCGGCGGCGAUCGGCCUGACUGGAAGUUGCGUUAUGAUGUUUGUAAUCAACUCGUUCUACGCUUCUUCCAGUAUCGGACUGUGUUUGGUCAUCGUUUUGUUGCUGCACUUGUUUUCACCGGCUCGCACAGUCGCUUGGGGUUCGAUAUCGCAAGCGUUGAUCUUUCAUCAAGUUCGAAAAUACUUACUGUUAUUGGAUUCGCGAAAAGAUCACGUCAAAUUUUGGAGACCGCAAAUCUUAUUGAUGGUAAAGGAUGCCCGCGCCGCUUGUCCUUUGAUCGAUUUUGUAAACGAUUUGAAGAAAAGCGGAUUAUACGUUUUGGGACAUGUGAAAGUUGUGCGAAAUCACCUCAAUUUAGAAUACGAUCCUAUAGCUGACGAACAUGCGGAAUGGUUGGCUUUCAUAGAUGCGCUAAAAGUAAAAGCGUUCGUCGAACUUACGGUUGCUGAAAGCAUUCGCGAAGGUCUCAUACACCUCAUCAGACUGUCAGGAAUGGGCGCCAUGAAGCCGAAUACCAUUAUUUUCGGAUUUUACCAUAAUCCCGUUCUGCUAUCGUCUCAACUUCACGACGGUACAGUCGCCGCUUUCGGCAGCAGUGGAGACAGGUCGGAGCCCGUUGAAACGGUUCGCGAUUGCGAAACGCCACUUACCGAAUUACUGCCCGACGAUUACGUUCGCAUGGUGAACGACGUUUUAAAGAUAAAGAAGAACGUUUGUUUGUGUCGGUAUUUCAAUCGAUUCGAUAAACCAUCCGCUAUCAAGAAUGCAAAGUAUAUCGACGUUUGGCCUGUGAAUUCGUUUCAACCUACGGACGACGACGCGUUCGAUACGACCAGCUUAUUCAUGUGCCAACUUGCCUGCAUUUUAACAAUGGUACAAGAUUGGAAAAGCCUUCGCGUUCGGGUGUUUUUAAGCAGCGAUGAAGGCGCAGACGAUAGCGGUAGAAGUGAAACCGGCCAAGUCGACGACGAGAAUUUAAAUAAACUCAAGAGUUUGCUACAUUCCUUGCGAAUAUUCGCCACCGUUAACAAAGUGAAAGAAUGGCCUAGCAAUGCUUCCUCGUUGAGUCAAUUUACAUCGGAUCGUUUGCCCGGAAACAUCAAAUCGUAUUUCAAAAAGGCUAACCAAGUAAUUUUGAGCGAAUGUAGUUCGACUGCCGUAGUUUUCAUUUACCUUCCGGCGCCGUCCAUUUCGCCGAAUGAAGAAGACGAGUCUUACCGCAAUUUCUCUAGAAAUUAUUUGAAUUGUUUGACCGAAUUAACUGACAAUUUACCUCCUACGGUCAUGGUUCACGGUACAAACGCCGUCACUUCGACCACAUUAUAACGGCACAUCGUACGCCAGCUACCCUGCGAGCUGCGACCGCAAGCUAGACGCGUACAACGCGGUGCGGUGGUUAGCGAUUCGCCGAUAUUAUACAUACCUAUGAUUUUUAUUUUUUGUGAUAUAUUAUUUAUUUUAGUCGACUUACCUAAUACCUACCUACCUUUAUUUUCAAAGCAACCCACUUUUAUAUGGGACCUAUCUAAUGUCUAUUUUACAUAUUUUUGUAACUUUUCUUCCGCCCUAUUUUCUACUAUGAACUACCUACGUUUUCAUUACUUCGAAUAUUUUUUUAUUACAUAUUAUGUACAUUGUA